AUGCCUCUCGUCGUUCCUGGUAUCAACAACAACUCCUCCGGUGACAAGACCGAGGAAUGGACCAACAAGCUGGUCGGAAAGAAGCUGCAUGAGGAGGAGUCUAACGAGACGACGUUCUGCAAGAGAGACCUCCCCAAGGAGACGCGCGUCAUUGAGCCCGGCAUGAUGGUCACCAAGGACUUCAAGCCCGACAGAUUGAACGUGCACGUCAAGGAGGAUGGCACCGUCUCCCACGUCCAGCACGGUUGA